GGGGUCUCUAUAACAACCAUCACAGCCGUUGCCCGUCAUGUCGUCUCAGCAAGCUGCCCUGUCACUAUACCGGCGCUCGCUGAAGCUGGCCCUCGACUGGGCCGUGCACCGGCAUCUCUGGCGCGGACAAGCCAUCUACAUAAGAUCGCUCUUCGAGGCCAACCGGGGCAUCACCGACCCCAGGCAACAGAGGGCGUUACUCAAGGAGACCGAGAAGCUGCUGGACACUUGGAAACAUCCCGAUCCUUAUUGCCACCCCACGGCGCCAGGAGGUUCUAAAUACGAGAGAAACCUACCAUCUCCAGUCCUUGAUGAACCUCCGCGUCUCAAAUUCUAGACACGAGCAUGAUAAUUGGGCGAAAGACUUGUACAUAGAGAUGGAGAUGGGUGGGUGGAAUGUGAGGAAAACUAGAAUGGGACGAAAAACAAAAUCAAAAAGACACUACAUCAC